UGGUGACUCAUGUUUACCAAACUCAAAAGUCUACUACGUUCCUCCCACGCGCUUCCUGACCCCCUCCGGUAUAAAUCUGGGCAGCUCACUCCUCUUGCCUCAUUCAAGCUUUGGGAAAUCGAAAAUAGCUGACCCUACACCGCCAGAAAUCAACCAUGUACUCAGAGAUCGAGUGUGGAAUUUGCUUUAGGACUUACAACACGGGUUGGCGGUGUCCCCGAGAGCUCGACUGCAAACACAGCUUCUGUGAGACCUGCCUGCUGGCCCUUUCACGACCCGCUGAUGAAGCGCGUCUUGAGGCUGACAGGUCCAUCCUCUGCCCGCUGUGUCGACUCACCACAAUCAUUCCCGAAGAGAGGACGAUUAAGACCGGGCUGAAGGUGGAUGAGUCUGUCCUGGAGCAGUUGAUAGAUGCGGGGGUCCUCGACAGAGAUGACGAGGAUGACCAGUGGGAAGAGGAGAGACGCGUUCCAGGCAGCUGUGACGACCAUGAGGAGGGGACACCCCCGGACACUCCAGCCGAAGAGGGAGACUCCUCCCCCGGCUCAAGAGGAGGAAGGAUCAGACGAUCCUGGACUAAAGUUUGGAAGAAGAUAAGCGGAAAGAAUUCACCACGAAACUGUCGGACUAUGACCAACAUUGACAUGAGGGACUUUGCCAUGAUGGCAUCCUACAUGUUUUAAGGAGUCUACAGCUUCAGAUAACCUGGACAAUGUGACACUAUAUUUAUUCCAAAUGGCUCUUCUAUGCAACAUAGACUAACUAUUUGAUAAUACUGAUGGUAAAACUUCACUGGAAAGGGAAAUGGACACAGUCGACCAUGAUUUCACUGAACUUUUCAUCUUUGUCAUUCCUUGUUUCAAUGAUAACCACUGUGUAACUGUGAAAACUUGUUAAAUUUAUACAUGUUGUUAUGGCACAAAUAUAUGUAAUAUUUAUGUAUUUAUUUUUUAUUGUAUUUAUUUUAAUAUUUUUGUAACAUACGAGGAAAAAAUAAACCAGUUCUGAUCCCCA